AUGAAUGCGACCACAUUCAGUGUUAUUAGUGAAACAACAUGUAAAAAAGCCUGUGCUUUAAUGGAUUAUUUCAUUAAACAAAAAGGAGAAAUUGGACAAAGACCGGUACAAGAAAAUGUUGAAGAAAUGAGAAAACGAGAUGAAGAUUUAGAAUUACUUGAAACACAACAAGAGCAGCUACUCGUUGGUUCUGGUCGUGAUUAUAAUAAAUCAUUCGAACUAGGUGUGACGGCAAGUGCAGGCGUCGAAGCUUUAUCAGGUGGAAGUUCCGAAAAUAUUCUAAUCGAUACAGAUGUGUUAUCAAGUGAAGAUACGGAAAAUACAUUGGAUAAUGUGGAUGUAUUAUUACAUCAAAGUGUCAAAGGUCAAACUCAUUCUCGUACGAAGCUUACGACAUUAUUCACAUGUGCGAUUUGUUUAACAAACAUCGUACAAAAGGUUUAUAUGCCCUGUGACCAUACGGUAUGUGAAACAUGCGACGAUAUCUGUCUGACACGUUAUAGUACUCCAGACAAUUAUGUAUCAUUCGUUCGAUGUCAUUAUUUGUCGACAAAUAAUUAG